CAGAGUGAUGAGGCGGUAGCGGGGCGCGCGCGCCAUGCGGAGCAACGGUUGUUCGGAUACAGGACCUGGGCACAGACAACAGAAGAUCAAGAGAUCUCUGGGAAACAAAAAGAUUGCAUUAGCUCUUUUGGCCACAGCACCACACUGGGGACCUCAUGUUCGCCUGACUAUCCACCAGGACCCCCAAAUCAUUUUCAGAGUCACUGCUUCGCAGGAUAGAGUACCCCAUCCUGUCCGAGGAGUUUGAAACUAGUCUCCUAGGGUCGGACAAUAACAAUGAGUGCUUCAGUGAUUCUUCUUCUACCUAUUCCAAGGGUCGAGUGAACGGGAGCUCAGAAUCUGGGGCAAGCGGGCUAUUCGCAGACCCACUGACUGGCUGGAAAUGAGGGGAAUAAAAACCAAUAUUAAUAAAUCCUCAGAGAAGAAAGGAGAAUCACCUUCCAGAGGAAAGAGGAAAUCUGAGCGAGAGGAUGAUGAAGAUUAUGAAGAAUUUUCCAGAAAGAAGCAGAAAGUUCCUGCAAGGAAAAAGCAACGAGCUGGGGUGCAACAAAAUCCCAAAUCCAAAGGGCGUUAUGUGCGGAAAGAGCCACCAACGUAUGCAGCAGGCAGUAUGGAGGAACAGUGGUACCUGGAAAUCCUAAGUAAGGGCAGAGUUACCUGUCCAACAUGCAGAGCUGUGGUCAGGAAGACUGUAGAGGGACUGAAGAAACAUAUGGCGAAUUGCAGACAGGAGAUGUUCACGUGUCAUCACUGUGGAAAACAGCUCAGGUCUUUGGCAGGAAUGAAAUACCACAUCAUGGCAGAUCACAACAACCUGCCAGUUGUGAAGGAGGGAGGUGAAUUAGAUGAGCAGUGUGAACGAGACCGCCUCCGGAAGGUGCUGAAACGAAUGGGAAAGCUAAAGUGUAUGAGGGAGGGAUGUACAGGCAGCUUCACCAGCAUAAUGGGAUACCUAUACCAUAUGAAAAAGUGUGGGAAGGAGGCCUCUGAGUUGGAGAAAAUGGCCAUGAAAUGUCGUCACUGUGGGAAAGCAUACAAGUCAAAGGCAGGGCUUGUUUAUCACCUUAGGUCUGAGCAUGGGCCGGUCACUUUCCUCCAUGAAGAAGAGAGGCCUGAGAGCCUGAAGGAAAUGACUCUGGAGCCCAGUAGUGCAGGCAGAGUCCAGAGAAAAUCUGCUAAGGUGGCAGUCUAUUACCUUCACGAGCUAGCUAAUGAAGAGCUGGCCAAGGAGUGGCCUAAGAAGAAGGUUCUACAGGACCUAGUCCCAGAUGAUCGGAAGCUGAAAUACACCCGGCCCGGACUGCCCACAUUUAGUCAGGAUGUGUUGUGCAAGUGGAAAUCGGAGAUAAAGAUGUACCGAAGGGUCCACUGUCCAAACCAGGGCUGUGAGUCUGUAUAUGGCAGUGUCUCAGGACUCAAAUCUCACCUCGGCACCUGCACCUUGGGAGACUUUGUGGCUGGGAAAUACAAGUGUCUCCUAUGUGAGAAGGAAUUCAUAUCAGAGAGCGGGGUCAAGUAUCACAUCAACUCUGUGCAUGCUGAGGACUGGUUUGAUGUGAAUACCACUAACAAAAAAAGCUUUGAGAAGCUGAUGAAAAUCCGCCAGAGAGAAGAUGAGCAGAGAAAGCAGCGAAAGAAGUGUAUUGCAGCUCGGAGCAGAAAGAAAAGGCCUGGAAUUGUAUCUGCCAAGAAGCUCCUUGGUGCAGGGGCUGAGAGAAGCAGAAGAAGGAGUAAGAGGGGGCAUUCCCAGCUGGUGGACAAUGAGAGCAGGAGCAGCGAGGAGGAGGAGGAGGAGCCCCAAGCUGCACAGAGAGCAGAAACUCCAAAAACUAUCCGCAAACGGGGCAGGAAAUAGAUCAUUGGAGGCAGAGGAACUAGACAGUUCUAGGAAGCCAGGAGCCCAGGUCAUGGCACAGCAGUCACUCCCUCCCAUGGACAGUGGCACUAGCAGUGUAGUUUGUGCCCUAGUUACAGGCUGAGUUCAGGUUAUGUUAGUUGCUUAUUUAGUGAUUUUAAAUAUUUCAGUCUCCGUUACAGCUCUCUGCUUUUGUUGUCCUCCUCUUAGGGAUCCUCAGCUUUGGUGAGGGCAGGUUUCCUUGAUGGAUCUCUAGGGCUGGGUGUGCAGGUCUCAGUUGGGGGAGUGAUUUCCUUUGGGGUAGUGUGUGCAGAUCCUGGGCAGUUUCUGGGGUGGGGCACAGAUGCUCUGGCUUGAUCACCUGCAGCCCAGUGCUACCUCAGGUGCUUAAAGGGGCUGCCUCUGAGACUCAGACACCUGAGUGCUGUCUCUCCCUUAGGUCAUUGCCAUAAAGCACCAUCCCUUCAAACUCAGCACUGCCCAGCAGUUUAGGAGCCCAGGCCUGCCUGAGGGGGUAGGACAUCACCCUGCCAAAAGCAGGAGUGUUUGCAGUGAGCUAAUGUACCCUUCAGCACCUGCCUCCUUUAAGGCUGAGCACUGACUGGUCCCUGAAAGUGGGGAGGGAGCUCUUCCUCCAGUCUGUGGCUAAGCACCAGCUCUCUGGACCCUUGCCUUCCAGAGGCACAUGGCAGCAAACUUGUCUGCCAGCACGCUACAGUCUGGGGAUGUGUGAGAUCAGUGCAGAUGGCUUGUGCUGUGUUACAGGUUCACACUUCAUAACAGCCACCCCCCACCUGCAGGACAGAGCUCAUACACAGUAGCAAAGCCCUGCGUAUUGCUGCCAUGGGAUGGCCUUGCCCUAGUUUGGUGUCUUUCUUCCCUCAAGCCUCAGUAGGAGCUGCUUCUCCUUGUCAGUGAGCUCUGCAGGUGCCUUCUCCCCUGAGCUAGUUGUAGCCCGCUCCUGGGAUUGCCACCUUUACCGGGACAAGCCUUAUGUAAUGGGCCUUCCUGUGUGUUGGUGUCAGGGCUGGAGGAAGGGGGUCCUGUUUACCUGUUGAAUUAAGUUUUAAUUUAGUGCAUGGUGAGUGUUCUGCCAUGUUCCACUUGUACAGCAGGGCCAGUUGAGACCCAUAAAUGGAUAACAUCUCUGGCAGGCUUAGCCACCCCCAUUCUCUGCUGGGUAGAGAAGGGGCCUGCAGGAUUUCUGAUGUCAGCUCACAUGCCCUGACAGAAAACUGCAGGAUUUGAUGUCUCUUUACCCUCUCCUCUCUUGUCCCGCUACAGUUCCCUGCCUCAGCUGGCUCUUUAGUUUGAUACAUGAGGAUUCAGUUCAUAUCUCGCUGCAGUGGAAGCUUCCACAUCAGCCUAAGUUGCUGGUGCUGAAAUUCACAGUGGAUUCCCUGAGGUGCACAGGGCACAGACAGGUUUAUUUUACAGAAGCUACACCCUAAUAUGCAUAGAGUGAAGCAAAUUACACCCACCUCUUGUCUCAUACAAACUAACACCCAUGGCGAUUGUUGGACUCUGCAUGCAAUGCUCCAUUCUGAUCUAGGGGCAGCAGCUGCAUUUCAUGCUGGGACCUGCAGUUGUCAUGGAUUGCAGUGCUGUUUUAAAGAGGUAGGUUUCUGGGCUCUUCUAUAGAGGCUGUGAGAUCUGUGGUCAGAGCAGCAAGAUCAGAACAAAAUGAAAUAAAAUGUCACCAAUGCAAGAAUGUGAUAAUUUCUUUGGUGUAUAGUGUCUGUAGAAUCAUCCCCACUUUUCUGCCCCAUACUGCUAGAGUGCAGAACUGCCUGUCUCUGGGCUUGUUGUGGGUAGCAAUAGGACACAUGCCCUUAAGCACUGAGGCAAAGAGCACUCACGUUCAGCUUUUCAACCACUUCUCUAUCCAGCACUCCAACCCUCCUCACAGCCUGUUGCAUUAAUGUAGGUGAAAUAUGUGGGCACAAAGAGUCAAAGGCAUGUAUUAGGAACACAAAGAAUUCUAACAGUGGUGUUGAUCCAUUUGUAGUUGGAAAUGGAAGAAUUAUCAAUAAUAAUGCAGAAAAGGCAGAAGUGCUCAAUAAAUACAUCUGCAUUGGGGGGAUGGGGGGAAAUGAUGUAGUCAUAUAUGAUAACACUUUUGCCACUUCACUAGUAGCUCUGGAGGAUGUUAAACAGCAGCUAUUAAAGUUUGACAUUUUUAAAUCAGCAGGUCCAGAUAACUUUCAUCCAAGAGUUUUAAAAGAGCUGGCUGAGAAGCUUGCUGAACCAUUAAUGUUGAUUUUCAGUAAAUCUUGAAACACUGGGGAAGUUCUAGAAAACAGCUAAUUAUUGGGUCAACAAGUGAAAAGGGUAAAUGGGAUGACCUGGGUAAUUAUAGGCCAGUCAUUCUGAUUUUGAUCCCAGUCAAGAUAAUGGAGCAGCUGAUACAGAGCUCAAUAAAUAAAGAAUAAAAGGAUGGUAAAAUAAUUAAUGUCAAUCAACAUGGGUUUAUGGAAAAUAGAUCCUGUCAAACCUACUUGAAAUUUUUUUAAUGAGAUUACAAGUUUGGUUGAUAAAGGUAAUAGCGUUGGUGUAUUAGACAUUGACUUGGUACUGCACAACAUUUUGAUUAAAAAACCUAGAACAAUAUAAACUUAACCUGGUGCACAUUAAAUGGAUUAAAAGCUGGCUAACUGAUAGGUCUGAAAAUGUAAUUGUAAACGGGGAAUCAUCAU